UGCAAUGCUGCAGCCCUGGCAAAAGUGAUACACAAUUUGUCCAUAAUCAGUUUUUCGCUGCAAGCAACUAUCUGAAAAUUUGUAAAUAGUCUAGUAAUUACAUAUAUAUUGUAAAAUGAUUCGAUUCAUACUCAUACAAAAUCGUGCAGGCAAAACUCGCCUAGCCAAGUGGUAUAUGAACUUUGAUGACGACGAGAAACAAAAAUUGAUUGAGGAAGUGCACGCAGUGGUCACUGUGCGGGAUGCGAAGCACACUAACUUUGUAGAGUUUCGUAACUUCAAAAUUGUAUAUAGACGAUAUGCAGGUCUCUACUUCUGCAUCUGUGUGGACGUAAAUGACAAUAAUUUGUGCUAUCUGGAGGCCAUUCAUAACUUUGUCGAGGUGCUCAAUGAAUAUUUCCAUAACGUGUGUGAGCUGGAUCUCGUCUUCAAUUUCUACAAAGUGUAUAGCGUUGUGGAUGAGAUGUUUUUGGCUGGCGAGAUCAGGGAAACCUCUCAGACGAAAGUGCUCAAACAAUUGCUAACAUUGAACUCGUUGGAAUAGAUCGGAGAGCGAAUCUAAUGAUGAAUACUCCCACUAAAAAACGAUGCAUUCCCAUUGCCCGCUUAUCGAAUCUUUCAUAUAAUUAUUAUGUACUAUUUAUCUACAUAUGUGUUCUAUAUGCAAGCAAAACCCUCAAAUGUUAAAUAACGUGUUUAGAAUCAAAUAAUUUAUAAUAAUAAGAGAUUAUAUGCAGAUGCGCAAGUAUUAAACAAAAAGGAAAAUAAUCCAAAAGCUGUUUCCUGUAAGCUCCCCCAACUCCAACACUAUCGCACAAACAUACGUAUAUGUAUGUAUAGUAUACGUAUGUAUGUAGGUGGUUACCGCCCACGAAACAGCGGAUGCAGAUAUCAGUCGAUUAUGCAGCCCUGUCUUUUAUUGCGCUUUCCAACACUGCUCGAAAAACAACUGACGGCAUUCUCCCACACUAUUGCCACUUCGUCAUUUUUUCAGUCGCCAUUGUUCUCGUUCUCGGCUGUCGAAUUUGUGGAAAUUAUCGAAUUUCCCUGAAAUUCGUCGCAAUAAACACAAUAGAAGUUAUAAAAACAAACAAUUUUGGAUUACACAGUGCACAGUGCGCGUUAUUUGAGCGAUUAAAGUGAAGUAAUAAGAGGCCAGCUAACGAAAUUGAAAGAGACUCCGUCAGAGUUUGACGAGCGAGCAGCAAAGCGAUAUCGAAUAUUUGUUCGUGGCAAAAAAAAAUACAACACAAAAAAACUUGAACAAAAGCCAAAAGAAAAA